AUGGCUUUGGCUGUACCCCAACUGAUCCUGAACCUUGUCGACAGAUACAAGUACGUCACAUCUCUCAGAGACCCGAGAACGGUUGAUUGGGGCUGGACAGAAAACUCGAAGUUCAUGCUGCCGCUGGCGUUAGGUUAUCUUUACGCCGUGAGGUUUGGAGGACGACGAUGGAUGGAAAACCGCAAGCCCUACAAGCUCAAGUCCGCCAUCAUGGUGUACAACCUGUUUCAAGUGAUUGCAAACACUUUCCUUUUUGUGCAGUACACGCGGCACUCUUACCUCGGCGGAGACUACAAUGCUUUCUGUCAGGGGGUGAGCUACUCCAGAGACAACAACACAAUGACAAUCCUGAGACUCGUGUGGUGGAGCCUGUUCGUCAGGAUAGCGGACUUUUUGGACACAUUCUUCUUCGUCGCCACCAAGAAGUUCUCCCACAUCACGGCUUUGCACGUAAUUCAUCAUUUUUUGGUAAUUGUCAACGGGUGGUUGUGGAUUACGUUUGGUUCGGAUGGGCAUGUGAUAAUGCCCGUGUGUUUUAACUGCUUGGUCCACGUCAUCAUGUAUGGUUACUACUUUCUUGCAUCACUUGGACCAGCAGUUAGAAAGCACCUGUGGUGGAAGAAGUACCUCACCAGCCUGCAGAUUUUUCAAAUGACCUUUGUGAGUCUCUACAUGUGCAUUCCACUAGUCUAUGAUUGCGGAUACCCCUGGGGCCUUAGCUUAAUUUUAGCUCCACAGUUAAUGCUGGUACUCGCGCUCUUUAUAAACUUUUAUGUCCAAUCCUACAUCUUCAAUAAGGGCCGUGAGCAGUGUAAUUCUCAAGCACUAAAAUCAGAUUAA